AUGAUUUAUUCACUUUAUAUCUUCGAUCGACAUUGUACAAUCGUUUAUUAUCAAGACUGGCAUAGAUCACCACUCAAGCCAGCCAGACCAAGUCCCAACGUCUUACCAUGUGUUUCACCCAGUCUUUCACCAGGUUAUCAAUCCAUCAAUCCUCAUUCAGAUCAAUCACGUCAAGCUAGUUCACAAGGAAUCCUUCCUUUUCAUUCUAAUACCGGUACACUUGUUGGUGGAGAAGAAGUUCCAAACUUAUUGAAUACGACUAGAUUGAAUGAUGGAAAUGGAAUUAGAUCUGAUUUGCUUCAUUCUCAAAAUCAACUUCAAAAUGGAUCUUCAAGUAAUCUUUUACCUGGUUUGUUAUUUGAUGAAGAAGCUAAAUUGGUUUAUGGUCUUGUCUUUAGUUUACGUAACUUGGUUCGAAAAUUAGCUGGCAGGGAUGAACCUGUUCAUUAUUAUACUACUUCUACUUACUCUUUACAUCUUUUUACCACACCUACCAAUAUCACCUUUGUAUUACUAAGUUCACCCAUGACCGAAAGUUUACAACCCGUCUUAAAGAAUAUAUGGAAAACAUCUUGGACAGAUUUUGUAAUUCGGAAUCCAUUGGUAUCAAUCGAUAGUGCUCAAUCUGGUAAAGGUGUAGAUAAUGAAAUGUUUAGAAGAUCGGUAGAUAAUACUAUGAGAGCUUUAACUAUUUUCAAUUGA